GGUGGGGGUCUCGGUCCUUUAAAGCCGCUCUCAUCCCGGUUCCGGCUCUGUUCACCUCAUCCUGGAGGAGGACUCGGACAGUUGCAGUGAAGGAGCUGCAGGACGACGUUUGGUCCAAACAGAUCAGAGCUGCACCUGUUCUGCAGGAGACGUGGAGAAAGCAAGAACUGACGCCAAACAUGAAACUGGAUGCAUCUCCAACUGUGCUGCUGUUUGCCAUCUGUUUCCUCGUCCCGCCGUCGUCCUCUGCUGCCCCCCAAGAGUCAGAUGAUUCAAAACUCCUCCAGGUGACUAUCCCCAGCAGCCCACCUGUCCUCGCGGUGCUGGGUGGUGCUCUGACGUUACCCUGCCUGGUGUCGCUUGCCCACCCACCACCGUCCCCCCCUUCCAAUGGCCGCUACGCCGUCCUGUCCGUUCCCCGGAUCAAGUGGAGCGUCCUGAGUGACAGUCAGGAGACGGAGAUCCUGGUGGCCCGUGGAGACAGGGUGAAGGUCAGCGAGGCCUACAAAGACAGAGCCACGCUUCUGAACUACGCCCACUCGCCCGCGGACCUCACCCUGCGCCUGGAGAGCCUGAGGCAGAACGACACCGGCUUCUACCGCUGCGAGGUGCAGCAGGGCCUGGAGGACGCUCACGACAUGGCUCAGAUUGUGGUCAAAGGUGUGGUGUUUCAUUACCGCGAUGCAUCCAGCCGCUACGCCUUCACCUUCGAGCGAGCCAAAGAGGCCUGCAGAGAGAUCGGGGCUGACAUCGCCACUCCUGAGCAGCUCCUGGCAGCCUAUCACAGCGGAUACGAGCAGUGUGACGCAGGCUGGCUCUCUGAUCUGUCAGUGAGAUAUCCCAUUCAGAGGCCAAGAGAGGGCUGUUUUGGAGACAUGGACGGGAUGCCAGGAGUGAGGAACUAUGGAGUGGUGGAGUCUGACGAGCUUUAUGAUGUUUAUUGUUAUGUGGAGAACAUUAAAGGCGAGGUGUUUCCUGGCCCCGCCCCCCAGCGUUUCACCUUCUGGGAGGCCAAGGCGUACUGUGUGAGUCACGGAGCGGAGCUGGCCACCACCUCUCAGCUCUACGCCGCCUGGAACGACGGACUGGACCACUGCAGUCCAGGCUGGCUGGCGGACGGAAGCGUGAGGUACCCCAUCGUCACCCCCAGGGAGCGCUGUGGAGGAGGAGAACCAGGAGUUAAAACCAUCUAUCGAUACAGCAACCAGACUGGUUUCCCCGAGCAUCUCUCCCAACAUGACGUCUACUGCUUCAGAAGUAACCACGGUUUUUACACCGAAUCUCCUCAGGAUUUCCUCGCCACUGAACCAGAGGACAUCGGCCAGGACAUCCUUUUCUCAACCACUCAGGAAGAUGUCAGUUUCAGUGAAGUAUUUAUCAAACAGACAGACAGAAUGCAAAGCACCCAGAUGACAAAUCCCACAGAGGAGGAUCCUGUUGAUGCUGAUUCCAGAAAUGAAGAUAAAGAUCCAUCGUCUACAAAAGAGCCUUUUCAGACUCUGGUUCCUCUGCCUGAGGCUCCAUCCACCCACAACACCGAUGAGGUGGUUGAGAAGGCCAGUCAUCCUGAGUCCUAUCAGCCUGGACCAGAACACCAUGAUCCUGAUACCACCUCUCCUGGUCUCAAUAUCUCAGUCCCCGAUGUCCCUUCCCAUCUGAAUGAAAGCAUGGAUCCCUUUCUGAAGCACAUUUCUGAAACUGAGACUCUGGAUGUGUUAGUGCUGAAUGUCACAACCGAGGUGCAUCAGGAGGAGGAAGAUCUCCCCGUUUCUCAGGAGGACCACACUUCCCACAUUCAUCUGGAGCACACGUCUUUAACUGAAUCUAUAGUUUCAGAGCAGCUACAAGAAGCUACUGCUGAUUCUACAGAGGAGAUGUUCGCCGUGACGACUUUAUCGCACACGGAGGGAACAGAAGUUCACUUUGUGACUCUGUCUGCGAGUUUUGAUCACAGUGAAGCAGGAGAGGUGAUGACACAUCCUCCUCCGGAUGUGGGGACACAUGGAUCUGAGAGUCACAGUUUCAACAACGCUGCUGGCUUUGAAGAAAUCAGCAUGACUGCUGACUCAGGCUUUAAUCCCACUCACGAACCUUCAGUUGUAACAGAGUCUUUCGUCUCUGUGGACCACUCUGACUUUGAAGUUGGCAGUGCUUCAGGAGACGCAGCAUCAUAUGAUCCUACCGACCAAAGUGGACACAUGAAUCCCACUCAGAUCUAUAUGGAAGAGGUGAUCCAAGUCACAGACAUUGAUGCUCCUGUCCUCAAGCAUCACCCCUUCACUCUGCUGGCUUCUCCCGUCUUCGUGACGCCGUCUCCAGCCUCCGUGGAGGUCAGCUCCCUUGAGACUGGAGCGGAAAACGCUGUUCCCCUUGGGACUGAAGCUGCUGAGGAAAACCAGGAUAUCCCAGUUGGGAGUUCAGAGAAGAUAGAGGAACAGGGGCCAGAGGAAUCAUCAGGAGAAAGUCCACACAUAAACCCAGAACUCAUAGUGACGAGCACGACUCUCUCAGAAGAUGCCACUGAUGCAUCGCUAACACUGGAGAUAAAAAUCCCUCCCUUAUCUCAUCCCGGCUGGGAACGAAACUCCUCCACCUUCACGGCUCAGGAAUCUCGCUCUGAUCCGGAUCACACAGCAGAGAGAGUUGAUGAAGACGGUCACGAGCAGAACAUCACCGCGCUUAACACCAAGGUCCUGCACAGAGAACCCGUGUCAGAACGGAGGCACCUGUGUUGAGACUCGGCCCAUCAGGUGUCUCUGUUUACCCGGUUAUGGUGGAGACUUUUGUCAGAAAGAUGUGGAGGAGUGCGAGCCGGGCUGGGAGAAGUUCCAGAGCUUUUGCUACCGUCACUUCAGCAAACGGCAGAGCUGGGAGGCGGCGGAGCAGCACUGCCGCAUGUGCGGAGGACAUCUGCUUUCUGUCAUGACCCCUGAAGAGCAGGACUAUAUCAACGACAAAUUCAGAGAAUAUCAGUGGAUUGGGCUGAACGACAGAACCAUCGAAGGAGACUUCCGCUGGUCAGACGGCAACUCUCUGCUCUACGAGAACUGGUACAAAGGGCAGCCUGACAGCUACUUCCUGUCUGGCGAGGACUGUGCGGUGAUGGUGUGGCACGAUGGCGGCCGCUGGAGCGAUGUGCCGUGCAACUACCACUUGUCAUACACCUGCAAGAAGGGCGUCUCGUUCUGCGGCGAACCCCCCCACGUUCACCACGCUCAGACUUUUGGAAAGAAGCGGCAACGUUAUGAGAUCAGCAGCAAGUUGCGGUACUACUGUGAGGAGGGAUUCGAGCAGAAACUAAACCCCGUCAUCACGUGUCUGCCUGGCGGUCAGUGGGAGGAGCCUCUGAUCACCUGCAUUCCAACUCAUUCAGCUCAGGAGGACUCUGUUGCUUCACAGCCGGACCAGCAUGAGGACGUCGUUGGCGCCGCCGCCGAGAAAGCCGGCCCGCUUUUCUGGGAUAUCAAAUGGAACAUUUAAAGCCGUCCAUGUUUUUUUUUUUUUUUUGGUUUAAAACAAUGUUUCAACUCACUUUCUUUGUGCCUCACAGGAGUGUUCUUUUGAGUUUCUGUGUCAUUUUUAAAUGUAUAAAAAUACAAAUAUCCAAAAUUAAAAGUUCUAUUAAGACCACAUGUUCAGUAUUCCCGGACAUUUUAAAUGUGCUUUAAUCCAAAUAUGUGUUUCCAGUAAAGCAGAGAGUUUGUCUAACAAGUGAAACAUUAGGAAAACUUGCUUUUAUGAAUUUGAUAAAUAAAAAUCGUUACAUUUGG